AUGCACAUGGCAGCCAAGGAGCGCUUUUGUCUGCCAUGCCACUGGGGGUCUUCGAGAAAGACUGCGGCCGGGGCGUUGAGUGAUGCCACUGCCAUGCAGAACAUCCUGGCGAACGGUACCCACGUCACACGUCACACGUCCAUCCCUUUGCCGCGUUGUGGCAGCAACACUACGUCCCCAUUCUCCUGUUCAAUCAACUUGAUGGACCCCAGGCCUUCAGCUCCUGUAGCAGCCCUACCUGCAGAGGUGCGACGCUUUGGACUUGACUGGACCCUUUCCUUGUUGCCGCGAACCGUGUUGAUGUUCAAUUGUCCCUUCCUGGAUGGGACAUUGGGUCUUUAG